GGGAGCUGCAAUCCGCCGGCCGCCGGUCACUCAGUCAGCAAGGCAGUAAAUCAGUGUGACGACGACAAGCGAACUUGCGAACAAGCGGGCGAGCGAACCAGCGACCGGGCGGACGACAAGUUAUUUUCCGGCGGUGUGUCCGUGGUCGUCCCGGCGGCCCCCCCCCCCCCCCCCCCCGUGGAGCUCCCGUGCGGGGAGAGGCUGUACAAUCCUCGGCAGUGUCCUGAGACUGUACGGCCCUGGUUCCCCCAAGGCAGCAAGCGACCGGCGGCCCUCCGUCCUGCCCCGCGGCCGCCUCACCUUCACUCUUGAGCGGACUAAAGCGGCGACAGGUCGUCGCCCCGACCGACGCGCUUUCAUUGGACACUUGAGCGGAUUUGUCGCCGCCUGAAAGAUGACAGCCGACAAAGAGAAAAAAAGGAGCAGCUCGGAGCGCCGCAAGGAGAAGUCUCGCGACGCCGCCCGUUGCCGCCGCAGUAAGGAGACGGAAGUUUUCUACGAGCUGGCUCACCAGCUUCCCCUGCCGCACAGCGUCAGCGCUCACCUGGACAAGGCGUCCAUCAUGAGGCUCGCCAUCAGCUUCCUGCGCACGCGCCGACUCUUUGCCACCGGCUGCAACGGCGGCGAUGACGAGCAGAUGAGCAGCUUGUACCUGAAGUCUCUGGAGGGGUUCAUCACCGUGGUAACGUCGGACGGCGACAUGAUCUUCCUCUCCGAGAACAUCAACAAGUUCAUGGGUCUCACGCAGGUGGAGCUGACCGGCCAAAGCAUCUUCGACUUCACGCACCCGUGCGACCACGACGAGAUCAGAGAGAACCUCAGCCUGAAGACAGCCAGCGGCGGCUUCGGAAAGAAGAGCAAAGAGCAGAGCGCCGAGCGGGACUUUUUCAUGCGGAUGAAAUGCACGGUGACCAACAGGGGGCGCACCGUCAACCUCAAGUCGGCCAGCUGGAAGGUGCUGCACUGCACGGGCCAGCUGAAGAUGUACACGGCCUCCCCGCAGCGCCCGGCGUGCGGCUUCAAGGAGCCGGCGCUCACCUGCACCGUCCUGAUGUGCCGACCCGUCCCGCACCCGGCCAAGAUCGAGGCGCCGCUGGACAGCAGGACCUUCCUGAGCCGGCACAGCAUGGACAUGAAGUUCACCUACUGCGACGACAGGGUCACCGAGUUGAUGGGCUACACACCCGAGGAUCUGCUGGGCCGCUCGGUCUACGACUUUUAUCACGCUCUGGACUCGGACAGCGUCACCAAGAGCCACCAAAACCUGUGCAGCAAAGGCCAGGCGGUGAGCGGGCAGUACCGCAUGCUGGCGAAGAGCGGCGGCUUCGUGUGGGUGGAGACGCAAGGCACCGUCAUCUACAACAGCCGAAACUCGCAGCCGCAGUGCAUCGUCUGCAUCAACUACGUGCUCAGCGACAUCGAAGAGAAGAGCACCAUCUUCUCCCUGGAGCAGACCGAGUCGCUUUUCAAGCCCCGACGGGCCGCCGGCGGCUUCUUCCCCGGCGACAACGGCGACGAGGCGCUCUUCAAACUCAAAGAGGAACCCGAAGACCUGGUGCAGCUGGCGCCCACGCCCGGGGACACCAUCGUCAGCCUCGAUUUCGGCCAUCCUCACCUCGAGGAGCCGGUGGCGUACGCCCAGCGCCCCGCGGCCUCCGUGCCGGGCACCCCGGCCUGGGCCUGCGAGACGCUCAAGGGCGCCCCGCUGACGCUGACGCCGGCCGCCUCGUUCACGGUCCGCCAGAAGCCGUCGCCCUGCAGCGCCACCCCGACUCUGAGCAGCUGCUCCACGCCCAGCAGCCCCGGCGACUACUUCGGCGCUUCCGACGGGGACCUGAAGGUGGAGCUGACGGAGAGGCUCUUCGCUCUGGACACGGACGACGGCAGUCCCGCCGACACCGAGAGGGACUUGAGCGACUUGGACCUGGAGACGUUGGCUCCUUACAUCCCGAUGGACGGGGAGGACUUCCAGCUGAAUCCGAUCAUCUCCGAGGCCGCCGAGCCCCUGGACGUGGGCCCGCUGGGGGGCGCCGGUCUUCCUCCGUCCCAGCAGCAGAGCUUCAGCAACAUCGCCAGCCUCUUCCAGCCCCUCUCCUCGCCCCCUCACCAGCAAAGCCGCUACCGUCCGCAGCCCCCCGCCCCGGCCCCGCCGUCCUGGGCUCCGGGCGAGGAGCGAGCCGCGGGUCAGGGGGCUCUGGACCCGAGCGCGAGGGCCUACGUGAUGGGGCGGGUUCAGAACCCGCCCUACCGAGCCCCCUCCAGCACCCCUCUCUCUUCGAUGGGGGGCAUUCAGAACCUGCAGUGGCCCCCGGACCCCCUGUUGACUUACCAGCGACGAGCGGCCAGCGGUGCCUACCCUGCGGACGCCGUGGCGACUGAGCGGCGGCCAUCUUGCCAGCACAACCUGCUGCACGUCAUGCACAAAGAAAGGCGCAUGGAGGACUUUGUCCACAACUACGGCGACGUGAACGCGGCCAACAACAUCAAGCGCUCCUUCAGUCAGAUGAUGCAGGGUGAAGGUCCGAUCUCAGGAAGCAGCUGGAAGAAGAUGAGGGGCGACGUCCACCCCGGAGCCGAAUCGUUGCCCGGACUCGCGGCGGGCAGCCGGGCUGCGAGUUUCGACGCUCUGCGGCAACACAGGAAGUCCGAAUAUCCCGGAAAUAUGGCAGGUCUGGCCAGUCGCCUGCUGUGCCCGUCGCUGGAGCGCACCUUCCUGCCCGAGUUGACCCGCUACGACUGCGAAGUCAACGUGCCGCUGCAGGGCAACCUGCACCUCCUGCAAGGCUGCGACCUGCUCACGGCCUUGGACCAGGCCACCUAGAGGCAGCAAACCCCCCCCCC